AUGUUGUCAGCCAGUCCAGAUCCUUGCAGAACGUCAGGGAUAGUCAUGGAACGAAGUCCCUUUCCGCUUGAUGCCCCCCCCUUCACCCUGGGCGACCUGCGCCGAGCCAUCCCCCCCCACUGCUUCCAGCGCUCCACCCUCCGCUCCUUCUCCUACCUCCUCAUCGAUCUCGCCUUCGCCGCCUUAUUCCUCUACGCCACCACGCGCUUCGACGACAUCCACCAACUCGUAGAUCCGGCCGUUGAAUCGCGCCUUCCAGCGCAUCUCCAGCCGUACGUUCGGCCGGCGGUGUCGGUGAUCCUGUGGGCGCUGUACACGUGGCUGCAGGGGUGCGUGUGCACGGGCCUGUGGGUGAUCGCGCACGAGUGCGGCCAUGGCGCGUUUUCGGAUUAUGCCUUCGUGAAUGACACGGUCGGCAUGAUCGUUCACUCGUGGCUGCUCGUCCCUUACUUCUCCUGGAAGUACAGCCACCGUCGCCACCACAGCAACACGGGCAGCCUGGAGAAUGACGAGGUGUUCGUACCCAAGCGCAGGGAGGAGCUGACCCCCGUCUCAGAGUACCUGCAGCACCCCUUUGGGCGAGUCCUCUCCAUCCUCGUCACGCUCACCCUCGGCUGGCCGCUCUACCUCGCCUUCAACGUGUCGGGCCACCAGUACAAGGGCACCCACGCCAACCACUUCAGCCCCUACUCGGGGAUCUUCUGCGAUCGAGAGCGGUUCUGGGUGGUUGUCAGCGAUCUGGGGCUGCUGGGGGUGCUCGGGUGUCUGUACUCCCUCGGCUCUGCCUAUGGCCUCGCAUGGGUGCUCAAGGUGUAUGUCUGUCCGCUGCUGAUUGUCAACAUGUUCCUCGUGCUGAUCACGCUGCUGCAGCACACGCACCCCGCCCUGCCACACUUUGACUCAUCCGAGUGGGAGUGGCUGCGAGGGGCGCUCGCCACUGUCGACCGCGACUACGGCUACCUCAACAUCGUACACCAUCACAUUGCGGACACCCAUGUGGCGCAUCACAUAUUCUCCACCAUGCCGCACUACCACGCGGAGGAGGCCACCCGAGCCAUCAAGCCAAUCCUAAAGGACUACUACCAGUUCGACGGCACUCCUAUCGUGAAAGCGCUCUGGCGGGAGGUGUCACAGUGCGUCUGUGUUUCUCCUGAUGCAGAUGGGCCCAAGGGCGUGUACUGGUAUUCAAACAAGGUCAAGUAA